CUUACUAACAGCGUCGGCAAGUUUAGUUUUGUUGGAUUUUUCCCCAACUCAACAAAAUUUUCAUCUUCAAUAAGAACUCCACUCGUUUUAUAUUAUAUUAAGAAAAAGUAUUUUCCACUUCCAAAAUGGGCCCUGCAUAAGGAUAACCAGAGAAAAUUCCGAACUUCGUAAUUUCAAAAAUUCUCAUGGUUGGGUUGGCCGAUACUGUGACUGCAUAAUAAUCGCAGCUCAGGUUAUUUAUUUAUUAUUCCUGAAAGCGUGUCUCCUUCUCGGAGGGUCUAGCGCUUUGAGCAGCGGCGUUAAUGGAUAUGAAGGCGAAAGCGUUUUUUGUGUUUGUUUUUCUGCUAAUGGCGCCGUUGUACGGAGCUUCAGCGGCGGCUCGCCGGAGUCUUGAAGUUAAGAGGCACUUCAGCCGUCUGAACAAGCCGUCUGUCAAGUCCAUCAAGAGCCCAGAUGGUGAUAUCAUUGAUUGUGUCCAUAUUUCUCACCAGCCAGCUUUUGAUCAUCCCAUCCUUCAAAACCACACAAUUCAGAUGAGGCCUAGUUAUCACCCAGAAAAGUUACUCACUGAGAGCAAAAAUGAAGUUGGGCCAAAGCCAAUGGCUCAGUUGUGGCACACAAAUGGAAGAUGCCCAGAGGGUACAAUUCCCAUGAGAAGAACCAAAAAAGAGGAUUUGUUUAGAGCAAGCUCCAUCAAGAAAUAUGGGAAGAAAAAUAAAAAAAGCAUGCCUAGACCAACAUUUGAUGCCCCUGAGCCUGAUCUUCAUGCCAUAGCCUAUGUUGAAGGAGAUGCAUAUUAUGGAGCAAAGGCAACCAUAAAUGUGUGGAAUCCUAAAAUUCAACAGUCAAAUGAGUUCAGCUUGUCCCAGCUCUGGAUUCUUGGAGGUUCUUUUGCUUCAGAUCUCAAUAGCAUUGAAGCUGGCUGGCAGGUUAGCCCAGAUUUAUAUGGUGAUAACAACACAAGACUCUUCACAUACUGGACUAGUGAUGCCUAUCAGGCCACGGGCUGUUACAACUUGCUGUGCUCAGGCUUUGUCCAAAUCAAUAAUGAAAUAGCAAUGGGGGCCAGCAUCUACCCCAUUUCUAGCUAUGGUAGUUCCCAAUAUGACAUCAGCAUUCUUGUCUGGAAGGACCCGAAAGAAGGAAAUUGGUGGAUGCAAUUCGGGAACAAUCACGUGUUAGGAUAUUGGCCGGGAUUAUUGUUCUCUUACUUGUCCGAAAGUGCAUCAAUGGUCGAGUGGGGAGGUGAAGUCGUAAAUUCCCAAUCGGACGGUCAGCACACGACCACUCAAAUGGGGAGUGGCCAUUUCUCUGAGGAGGGCUUUGGUAAGGCGAGUUACGUGAGGAAUAUUCAGGUCGUCGAUAGCUCUAACAAUUUGAGGGCACCGAAGGACAUUGGUAUUUUCACCGAGCAGUCGAGCUGCUACAAUGUGCAGCUCGGCAACAAUGGUGGGUGGGGUAACUUUUUCUACUAUGGUGGGCCCGGGAGGAACGUCAAUUGUCCGUGAUGAAAAAAAAUGAGGUUUUAUUUGGUGGUGUUUUUGGUCUUAUUGGUUGGUUUUUACUUCUUGUGAAACCUUCUUUCCAGGAUUUUUUUUUAGUGGUACAAUAGACAUGCAUGUGAAUAGUUAAUUCGUGCGCAUGUGUGUGUAUUAGAAGAUGAUAAUUGUGUGUGUGUGUGUGUGUGUGU